GUGCAAAACACUCAUUGACACUGAGAUGGGUUUUUUUUUCCGCAAGCGGUUUUUUAAAUUUUAUUUUUAAACUUCUUCCUCCAAAGAAAAUUCAGGGACGGUUUUUGGAUCUUGGUGACAUCGUCGCAAAGCUCACGCGGGUUUCACCGGAUAAUGUUUUUUUUUGCUUGUUUAAGAAAAGGUGACUUUUUAACGAUUGAAAUGUUAUAUUUUUUUAUUAAAGAAAAGAAGCAAACAGGGUACUUUAUUGUCAGGUAAUUAAUUAUUUUUAAAGAAGCUGGUGUCACGGUGACCUUUCACCCUCCCGGCACAACAAGAUGGCGGUGUUAGGGAGCCACUUGAGGGCUCAGCUCAGGAUCAUCGAAGUGCUUCGCGGGGGUUUGCUGAGUGCGACUUCACAAUGGAGGAUGCUGCAACCAGCUUGCCGGCCUUUCAGUACCGCAUCGGACCAGACCACUUUCGACCUGAUCUCUCGCUACAAGGAACGGCCAUGGGAAUACCUGCAGAGCGAAGAGUACGUCGAGCGAUAUGGCAAACAGCCAGUCUGGGCUGACUAUCGGAGGAACCAUAAAGGUGGGGUCCCACCUCAGAAGACCAGAAAAACCUGCAUAAGAGGGGAUAAGCUCAGUGGCAAUCCCUGCCCAAUAUGUCGGGAUCCGAAGAUUCAGGUUGACCACAGGAAUGUGAAGCUCCUGGAACAAUUCAUUUGUUCUCACUCUGGUGUCAUGUAUCAUCCGACCAGAACUGGUAUUUGUAUGAAACAGUAUAAGAAGUUGACCAAAGCGAUACAGGAUGCUAAGGAUCACGGUUUGCUUGGAUUCCAAGUCCCGCACAUUGAGAUCAAUCCGGACGAUUACUCUGGUUCCCAUGGGGCGGUGGGAAAAACUCCACCCCCACCCUGGCAGGAGGGCCCCUGGUACAGCUGGUAUCAGUGGCAGGAGCCGCCUGAGAAGGAGAUCGCUCGGAUUCGUAAGAUGUACAAACCCUUCCUAAAAGAGAACGUCACUCAAACUUCAACUAAAACGUCAUAGCUUUUGAAAUGGUCCCAGCCGCUACUGAUCAAGUUAUGUGGAUGUGGUUCUGCACGUUUGGCUAAAAUUGUUUCAGAAUAAAAUUAAAGCAGUCAAUGAUCCAGCCUACUCACUGGAGUUUGUGAUGGAAUGGGAAUUGAUACUAAACAUCCUGCCUCAGAGCUGCUUCAUUUUGAAGAUUGGACUGUACAUAAUUUAAAUAUUUAAUAUUUAAGCAUUUAUAGUUGAGGGAGCAGAGCUUUGGGGAUGACAGCUUGGAGAGGGUUUAGAGAUUUACUUUGAUGGUACCAUGGAUGAGGGGGAAUUCAGUUUUCUGGAGAGACUAAAAUUGUUUUUUAAAAAAGGUGAGGUUUAAAAGGCAUUCAAAAUUUUAAGGGGUUUUUCAUAAGAGUAGAAGCUUUUCUUAAAUCUGCUAUACAAACAAAAAAGGUUCAUAGACUCGAAACAUCAACUUGGUUUCCCUCUCCACAGAUGCUGUCAGACCUGAGUUUUUCCAUCCUUUUCUGUUUUUGUUUCUAACUUUCAGCAUCUGUAGUAUUUUGCUUUUAUCUUAAUUCUGCUUACUGAAUAGAAACAUUCCUGUGAAGUGCCUGGGCAUGUUUUACUACUUUUAAAGGUGCAGUAUUAAUGAUAAGAAAUUAAUCAAAGGACAGAAAUUUCAGAAUAUGCAAAGUAAUUAAGAGGGAGGAAAUAAAGAAAAAAUGUAUUUUAUCAUCUGCAAUGUACUGUCUGAAAGGAUGGGGGAAAACAGGGUUAGUAAUAACUGAGAAUAUGAUAAAUACCUGGAAGGGCUACAUUGAAGAGCCAGGGAAGGUGAAACUAAUUGGAAUACUGUACCAAAGAGUUGGCCCAAGAAUAGUGGACUGUCUUCUGGGCUAAAUGUUGUGAAAAGGCAUUACUUUGAGGCCAGUCUGAGAAGACAAAUGAUCCCAGGAUUUUUGGCUACUGUGAUGCGCUGGCAAUAAGCUAUAAUCUGUUAUGAUUUGAGGAGGGUGGUAAUUCAUUCACUUUAUGGUCAUCAAAUUGUGCUGCUGUAUCCCUGAUUAUGAGGGCUUAAAACCUUGCUUGCUAGUGCCCACCUUAUUGACUCUUCUUUUGGGGAAGGUAGACAAAGUCAGUAGGCUUUCAGCGCAUGACAUACCUCUCAACCCUCCAAGGCAGCUGUGGUAAAUGAGGUGUGCAAACCAAGCAAACACGGUGGUCCAGGCCAAUAUCAACAAUUAAGUGUUGCAUGAUCCCUGUGAGCCUAUGCAGGUAGCCCAAAGCUUACCAUUGUCUCCUUAUGUGAUUUUAAACCCUUAUGCAGACUGAGGGCAGGGAUGUGUGGUCCUGCAGUCUCAUCUCUGCUAACCCACAGCAAAGCUGUUUGCAGUAGGGUAAAUGGAAUAUGCCCCUGCUAGCAGAGCACAUGCAGUAGAUCAGACAAAAAUAAAAUCUACACUUACUUUCAUAUUUUGCUUUGAGACUCAAAUACGGGGAGAGAAAAAUUGGGCCAGAUAAACCAAAGCAAAAAAAAAAUGAUUCCACAACUCAAUGUGCUGCCAUUGGAGACUAAAAUAAAUAUUGCUCCUACCAAUGUAUGUAAAUUGUGAUAAUUGAAAAUUUCAUACACAUACAGCCAUCCCUUUUCUAUUCAGUAAUGAAUAUUCAAUAAAGUGUUAGCAAUGGGCAGUUAAAAGCUUUAAGAAUGAGGCUCAAUGCACUCCAUGUCUCAAUGAGAUACUGUUCUGCAGCUGGGCUAUGGAGGAAAUUCAGGCUGAACUUUUCUGCUUCAAAGUUCUGUGGUUUGUGAUCUGGAUUUUCCAAUCCAACUUGCCUAUAAACUACUGCUGUAAACCCAGCAUGCAACAUAGCUGAUAGUAGUGCUUUGCACUCUCAACCAUAAAUUUCCGCAAUGGGAAUACCUCAAAUGAGCUGAAAAGGACAAUGAACAGCUGCAUGAGGUUAAGCAGAGGGGCUCUAUCAGUCAGUCACCAUGUGUAACACCCAGUCGAAGCAUAAUUUUAACCAUUAAGGUGCCCUAAUAAUUUUAAUAUUUCAGUUAAUAAAAUCCACUGUUUAUUCUU